AUGGUCAUUUUUCACUGGGUAGGACAUAUUCCAUCAAUAUUACAUUAUCUUGAAGAUGCACUUUCUAUAAAUCGAGUUUUAACUCGUAGAGAAGUAAAAGAAAGAGAUUUCCGACAAAGUAAUGGUACGUUUAAAUGGGGAUGGAAUUCAUUUCAUUAUGCUGCUGCUAACGGCGAAAUUAUUGCGGCUCUUGUAUUAUUAUAUUCAAAACCAUUGGAAUUAAUUAAUCUAAUGUCCGUAUUAGAGGAAUCUGUGUUAAUCAAAAUGAUAGAACUACUGGAUCAGAAAACUACGGGUCUAUUUAAAGCUCAAUAUUCACCUGCAGAAUUAGCAAAUAGUUCUGGAUAUCAUAUAAUGGAAGAACAUUUACGCGUUGAACGCUUAAAAGUUGAACGUCAACGUCGUCGGGUUGCAAAACAGAGACGCGAACGGAUUGGUACUUUUGAUUGA